CUGAACACAUGGAAACAGAAGCUGAUGGAGAUGACUGUCGAGGACCAGAACCAGCCAGGAACUCAGAUCCAGAGAGUAGUUUACAACCAAAGACUGAGGACGACACUGGAGACUCUUCUGAACCUGACACUGAAGACAGUGCUGAUUGGAAAAAGACCAGAGAACCUGCGUCAGGCACAAACUCACUGAAAAAUAAACAUGAAUCUGUCAGUGAUUCAAGCCGUAGUAUUGAAAAUAAACCAUUCAGCUGCUCAGUCUGUAAGAAAGCUUUUUCACAGAGUAGGAAUGUAAAGGCACACAUGAGAAUCCACACAGGAGAGAAACCAUUUAGCUGCUCAGUUUGUGAGAAAGCUUUUUUACGGAGUGAACAUUUAAAGGCACACAUGAGAAUCCACACAGGAGAGAAACCAUUUAGCUGCUCAGUUUGUGAGAAAGCUUUUUUACGGAGUGGACAUUUAAAGGCACACAUGAGAAUCCACACAGGAGAGAAACCAUUUAGCUGCAAAGUUUGUGAGAAAGCUUUUUCACGGAUUGAACAUUUAAACACACACAUGAGAAUCCACACAGGAGAGAAACCACACAGCUGCUCAGUCUGUAAGAAAGCUUUUUCACAGAAUAUAGACUUAAAGAGACACAUGAGAAUCCACACAGGAGAGAAACCACACAGCUGCUCAGUCUGUAAGAAAGCUUUUUCACAGAAUAUAGACUUAAAGAGACACAUGAGAAUCCACACAGGAGAGAAACCACACAGCUGCUCAGUCUGUAAGAAAGCUUUUUCACAGAAUACAGAUUUAAAGAGACACAUGAAAAUCCACACAGGAGAGAAACCCUUUAGCUGCUCAGUUUGUACCAAAUCUUUUGCAUUGUGUGGACAUUUAAAAAAACACAUGCAAAUCCACACUGGAGAGAAAGCACACAGCUGCUCAGUCUGUAAGAAAGGUUUUUCACAGAGUGGAAAUUUAAAGACGCACAUGAGAGUCCACACAGGAGAGUAAAUAUACAGCUGCAAUGUUUGUGAUAAAAGAUUUAAAUGGCGUAAUGAUUUCAAAAGACACAAGUGUGUUGGUCGUCAGUCCUCACAGCUUAAUGAAAUUCAAACUGAGAAUAACAGAGGCAGAGCCUCCAAUCAUCAGCUCAGCUGAACACAUGGAAACAGAAGCUGAUGGAGGACAAUGAAUAAGUCUUAUGACAGUUCACAUGAGAAAAAUCUGUCUGACUGGAUUAACAAUGUUGCACAAUAUUCCUAUGCGUCUUAAAUGAACUCCAUCUUUAUCAACAUAAGUGGACAAAAUGUUUAAUGUUUUUGUCAUACUGAUUUUCUGAUACGUUUACUACUGACUGUUGAUGAACCAUUUUUAUUUUGGAUUGAGGGCUCCAAGUUUCCAUAUAGAGAUAUAGGAUGAUUUAAUGUAUUGUUCUUUAUUUCUAAAUGUUUUGUAUCAUUGCUAUCCUGUUAAUGAGCCCUGUUUCACAUAAAUGUACCUGUUAUCUGAUUGUUUUUGCUUCUGUAACUGUAAGGGAAUACAUUUUCCUAUUUUGUAUCCUGAUGACCUAAUGCAGUUAUAUGUAAUACGUUACACCCUAAGCCUGAUUUCACCCACCUGCAACCGAUUCGCUAAUAAUCACAAAUAUUCAUUUAUUUGACCCCUUGACUCGACUAUGUCUUGUUUAACCUGUUAAGCCCGAGAGACCCCAGUUCCGGGGGCCUGCUGCAAUAUUUUGCAGAAAACAGUGUCUGAGGGCAUGUUCAUUUAAUAAACUAUGAAUGUUUUAUAUCCAUGUAACGGAAAUAAACUCAUCUAACUGAUCAUUUUAAUUUUUUUUUCAAAAAAAACCCCACAAUGCUAACCCUGAGCCUCUGAAUUAGCAACGAGCGAAAAAUCACACCGAUAUUCACUCACAAAACCUUAUUAUUUAUCUUUGCUGCACAUCUCAACCCAUCGUUUCACAUCGUGAGGGGACACAGAAUCGAUGGGUACCCUCAUUAUCACUCAAGUAUAGGAAUUCCCGGAGAUAAUGACAAGAAACCACAUCAAAAUAUAUGGAGCUAGUUAGCCAAAAACGGCAAAAUGUCUCACCUGUGUGGUAGUCUGGUCACAAGUGGUCUUCAAUGGCAUUAAAACGAUGCUGAAAUUAUUCCGUAGGUUAAUCCAAUGUGUCUGUGUCACUUUGACUGAUUUCUGAUUUCUUAAUGCAAACGUUUUGUAAAGUGAUGCUAGACCAAAAACGUGCUGUUGGAUUGUGUGCUCUCUGAAUGACGGGUCUGUACUCAAAGAUUGUUGAUGAAAUGAGAGCUUCACUCUGUUUUUGUUGUCCAAACAACGGUAACAGAGAGAUACGUCUUCUUUCCAGCAGAUGACAUAAAUGUUACAUCAUCCAGUUCAACUGUUAUCCACAUUGUAAUGAUUCAAAACAGCAAUGUGUAAGAUAUGGCUAUUUCAACAGAAUGUGAAGAGGUUACAGUCUUGAGGCCAUGUCCAAUAUGUUCAUGUUUUGUUUGAUUAAAUCUACUGAAAUGAGCAUUUAAUAAUUAAAUUAUUCUUAAUUACUUUCAUUACAUCAUGGGUUUGCAUUGCAAUAUUAGAACGCAUAAAACCCAACUUUAUUUCUUCCAAGUUGCGGGUGUUCAUUGUUUAGAAGUCUGCUGUGUUUCAUCCAAGCUUCUUCGUUGUGCUCCGAUAAUGCUGAAAGUAUCCGUUGUAUGCUUUACCUGCUCCAGUAACAAAAGUGUAAUUCACUGGACAUCGACAAGAGAUAGUGGAUGGAUCCAGAGGAGAACCAGAAGAUAGCCCGUAUAGAGCCUUCAGGUUCUGAAAAUGAUCAGGGAUAGAGCUAGAAGAUAGCCAGUAUAAAGCCAAGAAAGAUCAGUAGAAAGACAGGAAGGAGCCAAAAUAGUUUGUAUUUUUUAUUUUGUAAUAUUCAAGCUCUUCUCUUAAGAUAU